CUCGUUUCCAGUUUUCCACUUUAGUUGAUUUACGAGUCUGGCAGUGAUCAGUUCGAAGAUCGUUGAUAGUCUGCUAAAGCGUGUUCUUUCCGUCCACCAAAUCGCCUCACCAUGAUGCAUAAUUUGCUGAAAAGUACCCUCCGCUCGGUGGCAGUUUGUCGGAAGAGCUUUGUGCAACCUGCGGCAAAGCUGUCCUCGAGUUCAUUUGGUACGGCGCAGGGUCCAACGGCUCCGCUUACCUUCUUGACUGAAGAUGAGAUGGUGAUGAAGGAGACAGUUGCCAAGCUGGCACAGGAACAAAUUGCUCCACUAGUCAAGAAGAUGGAUGAAGAGCACAAAUUUGAUCCUAGUGUGAUUAAGGCCGUUUUCGACAACGGACUGAUGGGCGUGGAAGUGGCCGAAGAAUACGGUGGAAGUGGAUGUAACUUCAUGACGAUGAUGCUAGUUGUCGAGGAACUGUCCAAGGUUGAUCCGUCUGUUGCUGCUUUAGUUGAUAUUCACAACACAUUAGUGAAUUCGCUGAUGAUCAAGCUUGGAACUGAGGAGCAGAAAAAGAAAUAUUUGCCGAAAUUAUCACAGGAGUACAGUGGUAGCUUUGGACUUUCGGAACCUUCGGCUGGAUCGGAUGCUUUCUCCCUCAAGACCACGGCCAAGAAAGACGGCAAUCACUAUAUUCUAAAUGGCAACAAAAUGUGGAUUUCCAAUUCCGAUAUGUCUGGAGUGUUUCUAAUCAUGGCCAAUGCUAACCCAUCGGCAGGUUAUCGUGGCAUAACAACGUUCAUCGUUGAGCGGGACACAGAAGGCUUCACUGUUGGCAAGCGAGAGAAUAAACUAGGCAUAUGUGCUUCGGGAACCUGUCAGCUACAUUUGGACAAUGUUCGUGUGCCCGAAGAGAACAUCCUGGGUGAGUUGGGUAAAGGGUAUCAGUAUGCUGCCGGUUUCCUGAAUGAAGGUCGUAUCGGUAUCGGAGCUCAAAUGCUAGGAUGUGCCCAGGGCUGCUUCGACGCAACAAUCCCAUAUUUACUCGAGCGCAAUCAGUUCGGAUCGGAUGUUUAUUCCUUCCAAAGCAUGCAGCACCAGAUCGCGACAAUUGCGAUGGAAAUUGAAGCUGCACGUUUGUUAGUCUAUAAUGCAGCCCGCCUGCAAGAAGCAAAAGUUCCUUUCCUGAAGCAAGCGGCCAUGGCAAAGACCUACGCUUCGGAGGUGGCCCAGCGUACCACGGUCAAGUGUAUCGAUUGGAUGGGAGGAGUCGGAUUCACCAAGGACUUCCCACAGGAGAAAUUCUACCGUGAUUGUAAGAUCGGUGCCAUCUACGAGGGUACUACCAACAUGCAGCUUAGCACCAUCGCCAAGGUCAUGAGGAAAGAAUAUGAGUCAUAAAAUGUCUUCCCUGUGCGCCAAAUUCUCAGGCUCGCCAAAAAAAGUCUUCCAGAGUGUUAUGUAACUGGCGGCACUUUAUCAGUCGCGUUGCAUAACCCAGCCUCCUUCGGAACAGUGAACUCAUACACACACACAUACACACCCCUACGAUCGGAUGAUUCGAAAAGGAAGCUGAUAAAAGAGUGAUAAAUAAGAAGUAGAACAGGACCUGGUUUAAGAUAGGUUGAAUUGAAUGUGAAAAGGAGAAUGAGAUAUUGCGCAUAAAAUGUGCAAUCAAAAAUCAUGCAUUUAAAUUGAACUUUUCUGUGUUUUUAGAUAUUGUUGCCUUCACCUGAUAGGUUUAGAUGUUUGAAUAAAACUUUGCAAACAAAAUACAGUAUAAUAUUUGAGUCAACGUGAAAAAUGCAAAUAAUUUUGCGCUAGCUAUAUGAGCACAUUGAUCGUGCUGUAUUUUUAUUAAGUGUAUACGAUCGAGAUGUGUCAAUAAAUAAUGAACCUAUUAUAAUUCACCUAA